CUCCACCGUCCAAUUUGCCUGCUCAUCUGCUGUCAUCACCACCGCGAAGGCUAUCGAACAUCGGCGAAUAAUACCACUCCCGCCCCCGGCCGCUGCUACGCCGCACCUCUCACACUCUCCAUUCCGCCAGUCUCCUCCACAACACCUGCUCCACCCCCAGCACACCGCUGUCGGACUGUCGGGCUGCUCGAGACCGCGACACAACCCACUCGCCGCCGUCAGCGCCGCAUUGAGCCCGCCAUGAAGCGCCAAACGCCCGUCGCUCACCUGCUCUAUGCCUACCUGUUCCCACACCCGACUCCGAGCGACCCGCCUUCAUUCUCGGCACAUCUGGCUAGAAACCUGGUGCCCGAAGUGCGCAUAGAAGUCGCCACCUUCUACGGUGACCUCAACUCGGCCGAAGCUCGCUACCCUGGCCUCAACUACUGUCAUCCACCCCAUCGAAUGCGUCUCGGCCGCUUCAAGCACCACAAGCGCUUAUUCGAGGCCUUUGACAACCUCGGUCUGACGUACGGCGAGAUUCAAGACUUUUGCUGUUGGGAAGGCACGAAGUGGGCCCGCGAACGCUACGAGAAGGAUGAGGGCGUCAAAGUCAUCGACACUACCGGGGACGAGAUUGGGCCAUGGGUGGACCGCAGAGAAAUGGCAUCUGCCGACGACAGGAGAAACUCCAUAACGCGUAAGACGGACAUUUCAAUCGUUGUCGAAGAUGCCGAAACGAGUCGUAAUCGACAACCCACCAUCAACGAGGAUGAUGACGAGGAUAUGGAAGAUGACAACGGCUCAGAUGCGGACGAGCACGAGACUGCUGACGCAGAGACGGAGACUGAGCGGGAAUCGCCUUCGGAAGCAGCAGCCCGGGAACAGCACGUAGCAGAACUCGAGCGCCGCCGCGAUCACGCCCUGGAACAAAGCUUCAACCAACGCAUCAUCGCUGCUUGGGAGCAAGGACAGAGCCUGCCGCCAGAGCUCGAACAAUACCUGAAAGAGCAGUCUGAGCGCGGUAACCAUCCCGAACUGAGUCGUCUGUUGGCUCGUCGACGCUCCUCACGGACAUACUCAGUUCCAGACAACAAUGCUCUGGUCGCCAACCAGGCAUCCCGAGCAGCUGCGUAAUAAACACAGUUACCAUGACGACUCUAUCGCGAUGAGCGAUACGACAAUGAUACCAACCAGCAUGAAGCGUGAAGGAGAUGAGGACGUUUGGCAGAAUUAAUGCAUAUGAGAGGAGGCGUUGUUUUUACAUCAUGGAGCGACUACCACCAAAGCGAGGCAGCAGGGAUAUUUGCACAGUGAAGCUCGCUGCAAACUUCUUUAGCAUGGCGUUCAACGAGUUUUAUGGGCAUUGCGUGGAGUAAGGAAUUACAAAGAGCCUGAUCAGGAUCAAGCUCUUUUCUCGGUAGGCCAGGUUUUGGCCGAUUUUAUCUGAUUUUGUAUGCAUCAACAUUAGCAAUGCUAUGAUAUAUCAAUCUCC